AUGCGUUUUUCAAUUCUCCUCACAGCCGGAUUUGCCUCCGUACUCACACUCGCCAACUAUGUCGCGCUACAAAAUAGCUUCGACACGGCGCUAGACGCUCAUCAGGCUCGAAGUCUUGGUCAACGUGCCCCAGGCAAGAAGGGCGUCUUCUUGAUGAAUCGCAUCGGACCGUCUACCUCGGAACUGUACAUCGCAGACGCGGACGGCAGCAAUGAGCGCAAGUUCCUAUCUAACUCCUCGCGGUUCGAAUACCACGCAUCUUUCUCUCCGGACGGGCAGUGGAUCACCUUCACUACUGAGCGCAACGGUGACGGUAACUCAGACCUAUAUCGCUGUCGCCAAGACGGCUCGGGGCUCGAGAAACUGGUAGCCACUCCAUCAUUCGAAGAUGCCGCAGCACUGUCGCCCGACGGCAGCAAAAUUGCUUUCGUAUCCACGGCGAACGGCUACAAGGCCAACAUCUGGAUCAAGGACAUCACCACUGGCAAACAGCUGAACCUCACCAACACAAACUUGGUCGCCGGAAACACUAGUCUACCAGAUGGGUAUUUCAGGCCAAGCUGGUCGCCCGAUGGAGAGUGGAUCGCCUUCGCGUCCGAUCGCAACACCGCGUGGCGCGGGCAUGGAAACGGAACCGGCUGGGAACAUACGCAGGAGCUUUCCAUCUAUGCGAUCCGCCCCGAUGGAACUGGAUUUCGCAAACUAGUGUCGAAGGCGGGCUACUGCCUGGGCUCUCCCAAGUGGUCGCCAGACGGCAAACGUGUUCUCUACUACGAGAUUGCCACCGAAAAUACUUGGGGCGCGCAUCGACCCGAGUCCCUCGCCACCGUCGUUUCGCAGAUCGUGUCCGUCGACUUUGAGACCGCCAGCGAUCGUAUUGAGCAUACCUCAGGCACGGGUCUGAAGUUGUUCCCACAAUACGUGACGCAAGACGCCAUCGGCUACCUUGUUAAGGGAGGCUUCAACGAAGGGCUCAACUACACUUCGUAUGGGGCAGGUCGUGCCUCGUUCUUGAGCAAGAUACGCUCACCGGCCUGGUCACCAGACGGCACAAAGGUCGUCUACGAAAAGCAGGGCUACGACACGCGCUCAAUGGCAAAGUCGCUCUACAGUUGGGACCCCGACUGGGAGUACCGGUUCACAGACGUCUUCCCGACCCUAUCGAGGCAAGGUCGGCUCAGUAUGACGGACAAGCAGCUCGGCAAUUCUUCCAUCGUUUCCCUGAACCCCGACGGAUCCAACCUGAACGUCAUCUUUGACUCAACCACGACCGGCGAGUUAAAUGCUUCGGAGAUUGCUCGGGGCCAGGAUGCUGCGUUUCAGCCAGCAUGGUCUCCAGAUGGGCAAUGGAUCGCCUUCGGGCUGGGAUCAUUCCUACAGGCCCGUGCCUCCAACACUGCCAAGAUCUAUAGAGUCAGAGUGAAUGACUCUUAUUACGAACAACUCACCGACGGCGAAGUCAAUUCUGGUUUCCCAAGCUACUCUGCCGAUGGCCGCUAUGUGGUUUUUCGGGAAUGGGGCGCCCGCUUCGGCCUGCGCAUCAUUGACCUCAAUACUAAGGAAGUACGCGUGUUGACGAAUGCGACGGAUAACCUGCCAGGCUGGUCGCCGGAUGGGGAACUCAUCGUCUUCACCCGCAGGGUGUCUUACACGAAUUUCGACGUUUACACCAUCCGCCCCGACGGUACGAACCUACAGGUGCUGACCACGAGUGGAGCCAACGAUGCGCAUGCAGUGUGGACCGCGGACGGGCGUAUUAUGUACUCAAGCGGCAUGUAUGGCUUCCGGGAAGAGGCCGCCCUCUAUGACGACACCUUUCAACCGUAUGGUCAGAUCUUCGUCAUGAAUGCUGAUGGCUCCGGUAAGCGCAUCCUCACGGACAGUAUGUGGGAAGACGCGAUGCCGUUGUAUAUUCCCAAUGAAUUUCUAUCUUGA